AUGGACCUAAAGAUUUGCCAAUCAGUAUUGUCUCCCACAACUUCUGAGCCACGGGCAUUCACAGUGCACACCGCCGUCAUCGAGAUGCUCUCACAGACCCAGGCAGCUGCAAAAUUGCUCACAAAACCAGUUGCUCCAUCUGCGCCCAUUUGUGCAUCGUUCCGUGCUGAGGCGCCUCCACAGAUCCAGGCACCUGCAAAAUCACUCGUGGAACCCACUGCCGCUCCCGCACCUGUUGAGUCUGAUUGCAAUUGUGCUGCCCGCACCCUCAUCUCCAGUGAGAAUCCCACCUACCCGGCUGCACUCGGACCUACCAAGGCGACAUGGUUGCCAAAAUCCACCUACCACCUCCACCAAGCCCUCCUGGACAAAGAAGAAAGGGCAUAUUUAGCUGCAGCAGAGGCUACUACAGCAAAACAUGCACGGGAUCCUUCCGAAUCUCUAGAACCCGAGCAGCCUGUCCAAGGUGGACAGGCGAGUCCUGUAAAGCGCACGCGACCUUCUCCUGGGGAGGAUCCUAGUGAAGAGGCAGAAGAUGUCGAUGUGGAGAUGGACCUGCUCAAUCAGCUUGAGUUCCGCCAAUCUCUUACACCUGAACAUGAUCGUCCCCUCACUCCAUUACUUCGACCAUCUGCACAACCUGAAGAGCACAACUUUUCUGUGCCACCAUCGCGACCCUGGGAGGAGUCUCAGCCUGAGCCGGAUGACGAUGAUGAGGCCGACUCUGCUUCCGGACAGCCUGAGUUGAUGCUACCAGAUGCUCGGCGGCCUGAUCAUGGAAGCUACGUUGACCAUGUGCUAGCUGAAGAGGAUGAAGAAGAUGAAGAAGACAAACCUCACAGGCCUUCUGAGCUCAACGAGCCUGUGUUCACUAUGAGCCACCGCAUCAAAGAUCUUGAAACUGCACAGCAGUUUAUUACAGCUCUUUAA